AUGUCUUUUGAAAUGACUGACUUGAAUCGUAUCAAGAUCGCGAAAGACGGUGGGGAAUAUAUCGACUUGCGUUUUCAUGCGGAUGCCAGUGUCGUUGACAUCGAUUUCACUUUACGAAACAUACUCAACAUUCCCAACGAUGCAAAAUACUCAAUCGUUUAUCAAGACCAAAUCAGUGGUCGAGAUGUUUACAUCAUGGGUAGUGGGCCAAUGUUCCGGGAGUGCCUUGAAGAAAAAAUCACGGAGUUGGAUAUACGCAUUGCUCCAAAAACACCAGUUAAAGCGCCGACACCAUCGUCGGGCAGCAAUAGUGAUAAAGCCAAUGGUACUGUACAACAAUGGCCGAAUUUAAUGAAUGGUAUCGAUCGCCGGAUUCAACGUUGGACAAAUCAUUCAGUCAUAUUUAUGUUGCUUCUCUACGUGGCCAAUUCCCAGGUUACUAUGGCACGGUUGGUUCCGGCCGUCAUUUCCCGACCGGAAUCCGGCGGCAAGGAACCUGCCGGAAUCGAGAAGAGCUGUACCGGAACCGAUUCAGAUUUCAACGGAUCCAGUCGCCGGAAUGAUGGACCUGAGAAUGCGUUCAUCAGUUUCGCCUUUGAUAUUCGGUCCGGCAAGACUGUUGCCAAUAGUAGUCCAACUGUCCUCACCAACACCACCUCUAUUGAAAUUCUCCUGAAAAACAUCAUUAAUUUUAUGAACACCACUGUUUCGUCGGACAAUUCUACACCUUCGACUUAG